UCCUAAUGAAUACACGCCAGGUGAUGUCAUGUUUUGUGGAUCAUGUGAUUUGGCUGUGUGAAGAAUGGCUGACCAAGCGGUGACUACUGAGAGAGGUUUGUUUUUUGGCUGCAGACUGGCUCAGCGAAUACUGAUGUUUCUUGGUAUUCAUAGUCUUUUCUACAAUUUGUUGAGUGUCCUGGACAGAACGUUGAGGUCCUGGACUUCCACGGCAUGGAUCACCAGCUGGCUGCCCUCCUGGUGCCCCACCUCCCAGAACCAGCUCAAGACUGCAGAGGAGAAGAUGCUGCAAUGCAUCACAGGCAAGGUGUCCCAGCAGUAUGUCCCAAUCUCGGAUGGUAACAUGCUGUGGACCCUCACAUUGAAUGGAAACAUGAAGAACCAGACUCCCCUGGUGCUGCUGCAUGGCUUCGGUGGAGGGGUGGGCCUGUGGGCCCUCAACCUAGACGCCCUGGCCCAACAGAGACCCGUCUAUGCCUUUGACCUGCUGGGCUUCGGCCAGAGCAGCAGGCCCUACUUCAGCUCCGACGCCAAGGAGGCUGAGGCACAGUUUGUGGACUCCAUCGAGCAGUGGAGGGCUAAAGUCGGCCUGGAAGCCAUGGUCAUGCUGGGACAUAACUUUGGAGGUUAUUUGGCAGCUGCUUAUUCGCUUAAGUAUCCUACCAGGGUAAAGCACAUGGUGCUGGUUGAGCCGUGGGGCUUACCUGAGCGUCCAGACACAGAAGACCAGGACAGGCCCAUCCCCGUGUGGAUCAAAGCCCUGGGAGCCAUGUUGAGCCCGUUCAACCCCCUGGCAGGGCUACGUCUGGUGGGGCCACUGGGUCCCACACUUGUUUCAACUCUAAGACCAGACUUCAAGAAGAAAUACUUGUCCAUGUUCAACGACGAUACGGUCACAGAGUAUAUCUAUCACCUGAACGUCCAGACUCCCAGUGGUGAGACAGCCUUCAAGAACAUGACUAUCCCAUACGGGUGGGCCAAGAGGCCUAUGCUGCAGAGGAUUGGCUGGCUCCAUGCUGACAUCCCUAUUACUGUGAUAUAUGGGUCACGCUCCAGCAUCGACGGUAACUCGGGCAACGCUAUCAAAGAAAUGAGGCCAAACUCUCAUGUGGAGAUCAUAGCUAUCAGAGGGGCGGGCCACUACGUCUAUGCUGACCAGCCAGAGGACUUCAACCACAGAGUGCUUCAGGUCCUCAGUAGUAGACCCACCACCACCAGCACAGCAGACCUGCUAACUAGGGAAGGACCCCGUGUUGAAAAGAUGAUUCUCCUGGAUUGUUUGGUUUGACACUUUUGUAUUCAUUCUACUGACUAAAGAGAAUGGCUCAGUUGUUACUGCUUGUCGGGAUUUUGGUCAUUUUGUGAUGAGUGUGUCAGCUUUUAAUCUGCUGUUUUAAGAAAUGUGAUUCUCAGAACGAUACAGACUACUACUUGUGGAUUAUUCUUAUUCUGUCAAAGAUCCUUCGUGAGAUUAUUUAGAAAUGUUUCAUUUGCGUCAGAACAGCUCAUGUAGAUAUGACCACGGACCAUAGAGUUUUGAUUUAAAUACACAUGAUUGUGGAACUUCUAGACCUCUGGUUUUGCUGAUGGACUCCUGAGUGGCACAGUGGUCUAAGGCACUUCAUCUCAGUGCUUCAUCUCAGUUCCAGGCUGUAUCACAACCGGCCGUGAUUGGCAGUCCCAUAGGGCGGCGCACAAUUGGCCCAGCGUCGUUAGGGUUGGUCCGGGGUCGUUAGGGUUGGUCCGGGGUCGUUAGGGUUGGUCCGGGGUCGUUAGGGUUGGUCCGGGGGUUGGUCCGGGGUCGUUAGGGUUGGUCCGGGGUCGUUAGGGUUGGUCCGGGGUAGGCCGUCAUUGCAAAUAAGAAUUUCUUCUUAACUGACUUGCGAAGUUAAAUCAAGGUUAAAUAAAUACCAAAUAUAAAAAUAUUUCCCCAUGACAACCGAAGUGCCUUGUUAAUGACCUAGUAUGUGACCAGGGACUACAGUCAUUGCUGCUGCUUUUUGGUCUUGUCUUUUUAUGGGUCCUUUUGCAAGUGGUCGUUUUCACUUCAAGAUGUUCUAAUUACGUUCUCAUUCAUAGUGUUUUGGCUCUUGUUGUGGUCUAGUGUUAAAAUAAUCCACUUAUUAAUAGCUAGUGUGUGCAGGUGAAGGAAAACAAAGCAGCAGAAUCUAGUAAUUGAAGAUAACUACUCCAUUCUUCUCAGCUGCCAUUGUGGGGAAAGAAGGUUCGGUCUCAAUAAAUCACAUUCAUUCAUUGCAACAGUAUUUGAUAGUAUUAUUAGGCACCUGUCCAGGGUGUCUGGAAAAGCACAGGUCUAAGAUCAGUUAGCAUAGCUAUAGCAGCCUGUCCUCUUAUACCAUAUAGGUGACAGCUAAUAUCUCUGUGUGAAGUUGCAGAUUGGGUGGGUUACUUAGACUUCUCCAGCCACUUUACCCAGUGAAACCUUUAAAAACUAUCUAAAGCACCGUUUACUAGAUGUGCUGAGCCCAAGGAUAAGGUUUGAUAAACUCCUGAACAUGUGGAUGCCUUUGUAUUGUGGCCUGUAUCAUUGUAAGUCUCCAAUCACAAGUCAAUUACCGUGGUGCUUCUCUAUUCAUGUAUUGUAAAAUACCUGUAAAUAAUAAAGAUUAUAUUAUGA